AUGAUAAUAAUAUUAUUUUUGUUACCAGUGAUAUUAUGUCAAGUAGUCCCUAGGGAAUUACCCACGUUAUCAUUACCCAACAUAGAAGCCACAUACACCUAUGAUAUACAAGUGAAUGAUGACAGCAAAAAUCCAUAUGUGUAUAAAACAGAUUUACCGGAAAACUUGGUGUUUAUAAUACUUGGUGGUGUUGCUUUGUUGAUAUUCUUAAUUGUUGCAAUGGUAAUGUUUAUAACAUGGUUGAUUUCAUUAUAUAAGGCUAAGACUCAAAGUGAAAAAUAUGUUUAUAACCAACCACUUGUAUAUGAACAUCAAUCAUCUGCAUCAUCCAAUUCAUCGAUUUUUGAAAGAAAAUCUAUUCAAUCCACUUCAAAUUUGAGUCAAUUAACUAUGAAUCAAGUUUUGAAAAGUAAAAAUAGGGGUUCAAUGUUUUUCAGUCCCACAAAUGAUUUCGUUCUAGAUGCCAAUAAAUCAUCUUCUAAAGUAAGUCUAUUCGAUUAUAAUCCAUCAGUGUUUGAAUGGAACAAUAUCGAUAAUAAUAGUUUGGAUCGUCUUGAUAAAAAACCUUCCAAACGUCCACCAAGUCAAUAUCUUGAAGAUUUAUUAGGAGACUCUUCAGAUUGA